CAGUUAACCCUCCGGCCAGCUGGGGGCGCCAUUGGCCAAUUGGUAGAUGUCCUCCCUCCCCGCAACCUACCCCGCCGAAGAAGAGUGUCGAGCUUUCGUACCUUGACACUCGACUCGGCUACCGAAGCUACGCUCUCCGCUCUCCACUCUUCAGGGCUCCGCGGGGCUCCGGCUCCGACGCCCCCGCCGCCACUGCCGCGAUGUCCGGCACGGCCUCCGUGCUGCAGCAGUUCGUGAGCGGCCUCAAGAGCCGCAGCGAGGAGAGUCGAGCGAAGGCGGCGAAGGAGCUGCAGCACUAUGUGACCACGGAGCUCCGAGAGCUAAGCCAAGAAGAGGCGACCACUUUCUACGAUGAGCUGAACCACCACAUAUUCGAGCUGGUCUCCAGCUCUGAUGUCAACGAGAAGAAAGGCGGGAUCCUCGCUAUAGUGAGCCUGAUUGGCGUCGAGGGGGGCAAUGCCACGCGAAUCAGCCGUUUCGCCAACUACCUGCGCAACCUGCUGCCCUCGAGUGACCCCGUCGUCAUGGAGAUGGCCUCCAAAGCCAUGGGCCACCUGUCUAUGGCCGGAGACACCUUCACCGCGGAGUAUGUCGAGUUCGAGGUGAAGAGGGCCCUCGAAUGGCUGGGAGCGGACAGGAACGAAGGGCGGCGCCACGCCGCUGUGCUGGUGCUGCGUGAGCUGGCGGUCAGCGCACCCACCUUCUUCUUCCAGCAGGUGCAACCCUUUUUCGACAACAUCUUCUACGCCGUGUGGGACCCGAAGCAGGCGAUCCGGGAGGGCGCCGUGUCGGCGCUCAGGGCCUGCCUCAUCCUCACCACCCAGCGGGAGACCAAGGAGAUGCAGAAGCCCCAGUGGUACAAGCAAACCUUUGAGGAAGCGGAGAAGGGCUUCGACGAGACUUUGGCCAAAGAGAAAGGUAUGAACCGCGAUGACCGAGUGCACGGCGCCCUGCUCAUCCUCAACGAGCUCGUCCGCAUCAGCAGCAUGGAGGGCGAGCGCAUGCGGGAGGAGAUGGAGGAAAUCACCCAGCAGCAGCUAGUUCACGACAGGUACUGCAAAGAGCUGAUGGGCUUCGGCGCCAAGCCGCGUCACAUCACACCCUUCACCAGCUUCCAGUCUGUGCAGCCGCCGCAAUCCAACGCCCUGCUGGGGCUCCUGGGCUACAGUGCGCCGCAAGGCUUCCUGGGCUUCGGGGCCGUGCCCACGCCCUCCAGGAGCUCGCUGGUGGAGAGCCGCUACUGCCGGGAACUGAUGGAGGAUCGCUUCGACCAGGUUUGCCGCUGGGUGCUCAAGUACAGAACCAGUAAAAACCCUCUGAUCCAGAUGACUAUCCUGAACCUGCUGCCUCGACUCGCUGCCUUCCAGCCACAUACCUUCACAGAGCAGUACCUGGGCGACACAAUGGGCCACCUGCUCGCCUGCCUGCGCAAAGAGAAGGAGCGCACAGCUGCUUUCCAGGCCCUGGGGCUGCUCGUGGUGGCCGUGCGCACCGAGAUCCAGCCCUACCUCUCCAAAAUCCUGGAGAUCGUCAAGGCCGCGCUGCCGCCGAAGGACUUUGCACACAAGAGGCAGAAGACCAUGCAGGUGGACGCCACCGUGUUCACUUGCAUCAGCAUGCUGUCGCGGGCCAUGGGAGCCAGCAUCCAGCAGGAUAUCAAGGAGCUUCUGGAGCCCAUGUUGGCGGUAGGACUCAGCCCUGCCCUGACCGCCGUGCUCUACGACCUGAGCCGGCAGAUCCCUCAGCUGAAGAAGGACAUCCAGGACGGCCUGCUGAAGAUGCUGUCCCUGGUGCUGAUGCACAAGCCCCUGAGACACCCGGGAAUGCCCAAAGGCUUGGCCCACCAGUUGGCCUCCCCCAGCCUUACCAACAUCCCCGAGGCGAGCGAUGUGGGCAGCAUCACGCUGGCGCUGCGCACGUUGGGCAGCUUUGAGUUCGAAGGCCACUCGCUCACACAGUUUGUGCGCCACUGUGCCGACCACUUCCUGAACAGCGAGCACAAGGAGGUGCGCAUGGAGGCGGCUCGUACCUGCUCGCGCCUGCUGACGCCCUCCAUCCAUCUGAUUGGCGGCCACGGCCACGUGGUGAGCCAGACGGCCGUGCAGGUGGUGGCUGACGUGCUGAGCAAGCUGCUGGUGGUGGGCAUCACUGACCCAGAUCCUGAUAUCCGCUACUGUGUGCUGGCCUCCCUGGAUGAGCGCUUCGACGCCCACCUGGCCCAGGCGGAGAACCUGCAGGCGCUCUUUGUGGCGCUCAACGACGAGGUGUUCGAGAUCCGCGAGCUGGCCAUUUGCACCAUCGGCCGUCUCAGCAGCAUGAACCCUGCCUUCGUCAUGCCCUUUCUACGCAAGGUGCUCAUACAGAUCCUGACGGAGCUGGAGCACAGCGGCGUGGGCCGGAACAAGGAGCAGAGCGCUCGCAUGCUUGGCCACCUGGUGUCCAACGCUCCCCGUCUCAUACGGCCCUACAUGGAGCCCAUUCUCAAGGCUUUGAUCCUGAAGCUGAAAGACCCCGACCCCAACCCUGGCGUGGUGAUCAGCGUCCUGGCCACCAUAGGCGAGCUUGCCCAGGUGAGUGGGCUGGAGAUGCGCAAGUGGAUGGACGAGCUCUUCCCCAUCAUCAUGGACAUGCUGCAGGACUCCUCGUCGUUGGCCAAGAGACAGGUGGCACUGUGGACACUGGGCCAGCAGGUGGCAAGCACGGGUUACGUGGUGGAGCCAUAUCGCAAGUACCCGUCGCUGCUGGAAGUGCUGCUGAAUUUCCUGAAGACGGAGCAGAACCAGGGGAUCCGGCGAGAGGCCAUCCGGGUGCUCGGGCUCCUGGGAGCGCUGGACCCCUACAAGCACAAGGUCAACAUCGGCAUGAUCGACCAAUCCCGAGAUGCCUCGGCCGUCAGUCUGUCCGAGUCCAAAUCCAACCAGGAUUCGGCUGACUACAGCACCAGCGAGAUGCUGGUGAACAUGGGCAACCUCCCGCUGGAUGAGUUCUACCCGGCGGUGGCCAUCGUGACCCUCAUGCGCAUCCUGCGCGACCCGUCGCUCUCCAACCACCACACCAUGGUGGUGCAGGCCGUCACCUUCAUCUUCAAGUCCCUGGGUCUCAAGUGCGUGCAGUUCCUGCCGCAGGUCAUGCCCACCUUCCUCAACGUGAUCCGCGUGUGCGACGCCAACAUCCGCGAGUUCCUGUUCCAGCAGCUGGGCAUGCUAGUGUGCUUUGUCAAGAUCCACAUCCGGCCCUACAUGGACGACAUCUUCACCCUCAUCAGGGAGUACUGGACACCCAACAAUCCGAUGCAGAACACCAUCAUCCUUCUGAUUGAGCAGAUCGUGGUUGCGCUGGGGGGAGAGUUCAAGCUGUACCUGCCGCAGCUCAUCCCCCACAUGCUGCGCGUCUUCAUGCACGACAACAGCUCCGGCCGCAGCGUCACCAUCAAGCUCCUGAACGCUAUCCAGCUGUUUGGUGCCAACCUAGACGACUACCUCCACCUGCUGCUGCCUCCCAUCGUGAAGCUCUUUGAUGCUCCAGACGUGCCGCUGCAGGCUCGCAAGGUUGCCUUGGAGACCCUGGACCGGCUGACGGAGUCUCUGGACUUCACAGACUAUGCCUCCCGAAUCAUCCACCCUAUCGUGCGCACGCUGGACGGGACCCCUGAGCUGCGGGGCACUGCCAUGGACACGCUGUCCUCUCUGGUCUUCCAGCUCGGAAAGAAGUACCAGAUCUUCAUCCCCAUGGUGUGCAAAGUCAUGCUGAAGCACAGGAUUAACCACCAGCGCUACGAUGUCCUCAUCUGUCGGAUCAUCAAGGGCUGCACCCUGGCCGAAGAGGAGGAUGACUCCUUCCAGCACCGACAGCUACGCAGCAAUCAGGGCGACGCUCUGGUCAGCGGCCCCGUGGAGCCGGGGCCCAUGAAGAAGCUGCAUGUCAGCACCUCCGCCUUGCAGAAGGCCUGGGGGGCAGCCAGGAAGGUGUCGAAGGAUGACUGGCUGGAGUGGCUGCGGAGGCUGAGCGUGGUGCUUCUGAAGGAGUCCUCGUCCCCAGCUCUCCGAUCCUGCUGGUCCCUGGCUCAGACAUACAUCCCUCUGGCCAGGGACCUGUUCAAUGCCGCCUUCCUGUCCUGCUGGUCGGAACUGAGCGAAGACCAGCAGGACGAGCUGAUCCGCAGCAUCGAGCUGGCGCUCACCUCGCAGGACAUCGCUGAGGUCACGCAGACACUGCUCAACCUGGCCGAGUUCAUGGAGCACAGUGACAAGGGACCCCUCCCCCUACGUGAUGACAACGGCAUCGUUCUCCUUGGAGAGAGGGCUGCCAAGUGCCGUGCCUACGCCAAGGCCCUGCAUUACAAAGAGCUGGAGUUCCAGAAGGGUCCUUCGCCCCUCAUCCUGGAGUCCCUCAUCAGCAUCAACAACAAGCUGCAGCAACCGGAGGCGGCAGCUGGGGUACUUGAGUACGCCAUGAAGCACUUCGGAGAGCUGGAAAUCCAGGCCACGUGGUAUGAGAAGCUGCACGAGUGGGAGGAUGCUCUGGUGGCGUACGACAAGAAGAUUGACAUGAACAAGGAGGACCCCGAGCUCAUCCUGGGACGCAUGCGCUGCCUGGAGGCCUUGGGGGAGUGGGGGCAGCUGCACCAGCAGUGCUGUGAGGAGUGGACUCUGGUCAGCGAGGAGACCCAGGCUAAGAUGGCGCGCAUGGCAGCAGCGGCCGCCUGGGGUUUGGGACACUGGGACAGCAUGGAGGAGUACACCUGCAUGAUCCCCAGGGACACACACGACGGCGCCUUCUACAGGGCAGUGCUGGCCUUGCACCAGGACCUGUUCUCACUGGCCCAGCAGUGUAUCGACAAGGCCAGAGACCUGCUGGAUGCGGAGCUCACCGCCAUGGCUGGGGAGAGCUACAGCCGGGCGUAUGGGGCCAUGGUGUCGUGCCAGAUGCUGUCAGAGCUUGAGGAAGUGAUUCAGUACAAACUGGUGCCAGAGCGGCGCGAGAUCAUCCGCGAGACCUGGUGGGAGAGGCUGCAGGGCUGCCAGCGCAUCGUGGAGGACUGGCAGCGGAUCCUCAUGGUGCGUUCGCUCGUCAUCAGCCCCCACGAGGACAUGCGCACCUGGCUCAAAUACGCCAGCCUGUGCGGCAAGAGCGGGCGCCUGGCGCUGGCGCACAAGACGCUGGUCCUCUUGCUGGGCGUGGACCCCUCCAAACAGCUGGACCACCCGCUGCCCACGGCACACCCCCACGUCACCUACGCUUACAUGAAGUACAUGUGGAAAAGUGCCCGCAAGAUCGACGCCUUCCAGCACAUGCAGCACUUUGUGCAGGCCAUGCAGCAGCAGGCUCAGCACGCCAUCGCCGCAGAGGACCAGCAGCACAAGCAGGAGUUGCACAAGCUCAUGGCUCGGUGCUUCUUGAAGCUGGGCGAGUGGCAACUCAGCCUCCAGGGUAUCAACGAGAGCACCAUCCCCAAGGUGCUGCAGUACUACAGCCACUCGACGGAGCACGACCGCACCUGGUACAAGGCCUGGCACGCCUGGGCCGUGAUGAACUUCGAGGCCGUCCUGCACUACAAGCACCAGAACCAGGGCCGCGACGAGAAGAAGAAGCUGCGACACGCCAGCGGGGCGAGCGGCACCAGCGAGGCGAGCAACAGCGACAGCGAAGCCGAGAGCACGGAGCACAGCCCCCUGCCGUCGCCCGGCCAGAAGAAGGUCAACGAGGACCUGUCCAAGACCCUGCUGCUGUAUACCGUUCCUGCCAUCCAGGGCUUCUUCCGCUCCAUCUCCUUGUCCCGCGGGAACAACCUGCAGGACACUCUGAGGGUCCUCACUCUGUGGUUCGACUACGGCCACUGGCCCGAGGUGAACGAGGCUCUUGUGGAAGGGAUCAAGACCAUCCAGAUCGACACCUGGCUGCAGGUGAUCCCCCAGCUGAUUGCACGCAUCGACACACCCCGCGCCCUCGUGGGCCGACUCAUCCACCAGCUGCUCACGGACAUUGGCCGCUACCACCCGCAGGCGCUGAUCUACCCACUGACUGUGGCAUCCAAGUCGACGACGACGGCGCGGCACAACGCCGCCAACAAGAUCCUGAAGAACAUGUGUGAGCACUGCAACACGCUGGUGCAGCAGGCCAUCAUGGUGAGCGAGGAGCUGAUCCGCGUCGCCAUCCUGUGGCACGAAAUGUGGCACGAGGGCCUGGAGGAAGCAUCGCGCCUCUACUUCGGCGAGCGCAACGUCAAGGGCAUGUUCGCCGUGCUGGAGCCGCUGCACGCCAUGAUGGAGAGGGGCCCGCAGACUCUGAAGGAAACCUCCUUCAACCAGGCGUAUGGGCGGGACCUGAUGGAGGCGCAGGACUGGUGCAGGAAGUACAUGCGCUCGGGCAACGUGAAGGACCUCACCCAAGCCUGGGACCUCUACUACCACGUCUUCAGGAGAAUCUCCAAGCAGCUGCCGCAGCUCACCUCGCUGGAGCUCCAGUACGUGUCUCCCAAGCUCCUCAUGUGCCGUGACCUGGAGCUGGCCGUGCCGGGGACCUACGACCCGAACCAGUCCAUCAUCCGCAUCCAGUCCAUCGCGGCCUCGCUGCAGGUCAUCACGUCCAAGCAGAGGCCCCGCAAGCUCACCAUCAUGGGCAGCAACGGCCACGAAUUCAUGUUCCUGCUGAAGGGCCACGAAGACCUGAGGCAAGACGAGAGGGUGAUGCAGCUCUUCGGACUGGUCAACACGCUGCUGGCCAACGACCCGGCCUCUUUGCGCAAGAACCUCAGCAUCCAGCGCUACGCCGUGAUCCCGCUCUCCACCAACUCGGGCCUGAUCGGCUGGGUGCCCCACUGCGACACGCUCCACGCCCUCAUCAGGGACUACCGCGAGAAGAAGAAGAUCCUGCUGAACAUCGAGCACCGCAUCAUGCUGAGGAUGGCGCCGGACUACGACCACUUGACGCUCAUGGAGAAGGUCGAGGUGUUCGAACACGCUGUGAACAACACGGCCGGGGAUGACCUGGCCAAGUUGCUGUGGCUGAAGAGUCCGAGCUCCGAGGUUUGGUUCGACAGGCGGACCAAUUACACGCGCUCCCUCGCCGUGAUGUCCAUGGUGGGCUACAUCCUGGGACUCGGAGACAGGCACCCGUCUAACUUGAUGCUGGACAGGCUGAGCGGGAAGAUCCUCCACAUUGACUUCGGCGACUGCUUUGAGGUUGCCAUGACCAGGGAGAAAUUCCCCGAAAAGAUCCCCUUCAGGCUCACGAGGAUGCUCACCAACGCCAUGGAGGUGACGGGUCUUGACGGAAACUACCGGAUCACGUGUCACACGGUGAUGGAGGUGCUGCGUGAGCACAGGGACAGCGUCAUGGCCGUGCUGGAGGCUUUUGUUUACGACCCGCUGCUCAACUGGAGGCUCAUGGACACAAACACCAAAGGGAACAAACGAUCCAGGACCAGAACGGACUCCUACACAGCAGGACAGUCAGUCGAAGCCUUGGAUGGUGUGGACCUUGGAGAAACUACCCACAAGAAGCCAGGAACCACCGUGCCUGAAUCCAUUCACUCCUUCAUUGGAGACGGCCUCGUGCAGCCCGAAGCCUUGAACAAAAAAGCUAUUCAGAUCAUUAACCGCGUGCGGGACAAGCUCACGGGACGAGACUUCUCUCACGAUGAGACGCUGGACGUGGCCACGCAGGUGGAGCUCCUCAUAAAGCAGGCCACGUCACACGAGAACCUGUGUCAGUGCUACAUCGGCUGGUGUCCAUUCUGGUAGAGGCUCCUAGCGCUCAGCGUCAUCUCCAUUGCGGGCGGGUGGAUGGACAGAUGGACAGGCGGACAGAUAGAGAGAAGGAGCACAGCUCUGCUCGGGCGACCGGGGUCGAACUCGAAGUCCACGUAGGGCGUGUAGAAUGACCGUGUGUGAUGUAACAUGAUGAUGAGGCGAUGCAGCGUAGACUUUCCUUGCAAUGGAGGUCAACUGCUCUAUUCUGUGUUAAAUAAAUGCUUGUUAAAUGUCACGUA